UUUAAUUUGUGCAUAAAAUUCAAAUCAAGGACUUUAAAAGCGUUAAACUUAUUUAUUUCAUAAUUUUUAUAAGCUCAUAGGUAUUUACAUAACAUGGGGCAAUGUUGUUCAAAUUUAAGUCUUGAUGGUUUAAGUGAGAAAACCGAUUUAUAGAAGGUUUAAAUAUAUGGACCUCUUAAUUGUGAAAUUUUGCAAGAAUAAGAUGCUUAAUAAUUAUUUCAAAAUGAAGUGAGAACAUAAGUUGAUUUAAAGGAUUUAAGGUAGUAAUAUUUAAUUGAAGAAAAUGAUAAUAUCGAGGAAUAACGAGUAGCUUUACCUUAUAUAAAAUUAUUGACAAAAGAUGUAAUAUAUAAAGGAUAAUGGAAAAACAAAUAAAUGGAUGGAUAUGGAUAGAUGCUACAUAUUCCUUCUAAAACCUAUUAUUGCGGAAAAUUUUAAUAAGGAGAGUUAUAAGGAAGAGGUUUUAUGAUUUAUUCAAAUGGUGACAUAUAUGAGGGGAGUUUCAAAAAUAAUACUGCACAUGAAUAUGGAGUAUUUAAAACUAUUGAUGGAUAAACAUACAAAGGCUAAUGGUAAAAUGGCGAAAAACAUGGAAAAGGCGAUUAUUAAGAUAAAUACUAUUAAUAUAUUGGGAAUUUUUGUAGAGGAUGUAAAUAAGGAGAAGGAGUUUUAGAAUUUUAUGAUACUUUCAGAUACAAAGGUUAAUUUUAGAACAAUAAGUUUUAAGGGUAAGGAGAGCUUGAAUAUUUAGAUGGGUCUAGAAGAAAAUAUAUUGGAGAAUAUUAAGAUAAUAAAAAGAGUGGACAAGGACAUUUUAUAUGGCCCUUGUAUGAGUACAAAGGAUAAUAUUAAGAUGAUCUAAGAAACGGUUAAGGAGAUAUAAUUUUUAAUGAAGGUAUAAAAGUUUCUGGAAUAUUUGUGAAUGGGAAGUUGCAUGACAGCUAAGCUAAAAUUAUUAUAGGAGACAGAGAGAUAUAAGCCUAAUUUAUUGAUGGAAAUAUUGUUUCUUAAAAUGAUGAAUUACCUGAUUAAAUAAAAACACUAUUUAGUCUACAUGAUUUUGAUGAGGAUAUAAAUUGA